UCGGCCUCCUGAGGGAAUGACUGUCUUUGAUACACAAAUGUUGCCGCCUAGGGCCGUCCCUCCGUCCUCCUCUGCGGGCGGGUCCACCGCUGGCACCGCCCCUGCCCAGGUGUCUAACUCGGGUAGGUGCCGAGGACUCUCAGGGAUCUUGGCCCUGUCGUCUUGUGGGCCCUUUGUCCCUACCCGGUCACUGGGCUGCAGCAAUGAAGGGCGCCCAGGAAGACGUCCUCCAGUCCAACUCGUGCGUUCCUGGGUCCGAAGAGUCUGCGGGUUUGGCCCGGGGCCCAGAGGUGGAGCUUCCAGAGGAGGUGGGGGACUGUGGUCCGUCCCCCGAGGUGGCUUCCAAGAAACUAUGUGGAUAUUUACUUAAAUUUGGCGGUAAAGGGCCCAUACGGGGCUGGAAAUCCCGCUGGUUCUUCUAUGACGAGAGGAAAUGCCACCUAUAUUAUUCACGGACGGCGCAGGAUGCUAAUCCACUGGACAGUAUUGACCUCUCGGGCGCGAUCUUUGACUGCAAGGCGGACGCUGAGGUGGGGACUUUUGAAAUCAAGACUCCCAGCCGGGUUAUCAUCCUGAAGGCCCCCACCAAGCAAGUGAUGCUGUACUGGCUGCAGCAGCUGCAGAUGAAGCGCUGGGAGUUCCACAGCAGCCUGCCUACUCCUCCCACUGCCCCUGACACCACCCCAGCCAGGAAUGUGCCUGCCGUACACGUGGAGCAAGGUACCUACGGGCUGGCCUCCAGCUCACACCAGGCUGUGGUGGCCAGGUCUUCACCCUGCUAUUGGGAGUGA